CUUGGCACCGCACUUGUAGCUAGCCGCAACCGCGCGUGUGUAUGGCCUUCGUCCGCUAUUACAACAUUGUAAUACACCACCUCCCAUCAUCGGAGCGUUUCUUCCAGUCCAGUUCAGUUCGUGUCCGGUCGUCAGUUGGGUUCGUUCCCCGGGAUGGCAAAGCUUGUAUCGAUAACCGUGUGUGCGCUGGUGGUGCUCGGGAUGAUGGUUGGAAGUGGCUGGUCACUGAUUUGCCGCAACUGUUUCAGCACGGAAAGCUUCGCUAAAUGCGAACUAAUGGGCCUCCCGGUGAACUGUACGGCGCAAUUGGUCAACGAGAACCACGCUCGAUUCUUUCCCGACAAUCCAACGCUGGUGCCCGGCAAUGAGACGGAAUUUAGGUGCUUCCGAAUCAAUGGAUGGCGGAAGGGGGUGAAUGGGACGGAUAUCGGUUUACGUGGGUUUGGCCAGGGCUGUACGUUCAACAGUACUGACUUCUGCAGCGGUUGGUCCGGCACUCUAAACAUUACGGGAUGUGCCACCUGCACGAAGGACAAUUGCGACCAGGAACCGAACAUUCCGACCGUCGGGCCACCAGUAACGGCCGUUCCCACGAACCCUUCGACUGGUGCGACGCAAGCUACGACCACGAAAAAACCAUCGAACGGUGCCACGGGGCUGCAGCAGCAGAUGCAGUUAGGCGCGGUUAUACUUGUAUUGCUGAAUAUUAUUCUUGGUUCGAGGAACUAAAGGAACUUCUCUGCCCCAUCGAUGGGCUAUAAGUUAGGGACUUGUUUUAAAACACUUCCUAAAAUCAUCUUUGUAAUAGAUAAGAUUGAAUCUAAUGAGAUUGUUUGCACAAUGCAUUUGUAAAAUACAUGUUUUCUAUUUCAAAUUUCUCAUAAACUCUCAAAGCUUAUACCAGGAAAAGCCAGCAUAAGUAUUAGGAACGAACCUGAUGUCGUUUGUAACCACUUUUGAUCGUGCCAUCCGUGUCGUCUUUUAAGAUAGAUAAUGAAGUUCCAACAAGUGGCACGAGUAUGACUCAUGCACAGGAAAUAUGGAAAAUAUCAAUUUUCCUAAUUUAGCAAAAACUCAAAAACACAAGCCGUGUCUGUGGUGUAAAGCGGAAUCAUGCAACAGGUAAAUGUUAUCUGCUUCCAACGAAUUCUAAAUAAAUAUUGUAAAAUAUUACAA